AUGUCCUCCUUCAAUUGGGGCGCCUUAGCGGUCGCCAUAGGCGCAGUCUUCGUUUUCUGGUCCUUCUCCUCAACCACCUCCUCACCCUUCACGCGAUCCUUCCCCCGCCUCCAAAACAAGCGCAUCUGCCUCCUAAUCGCCCACCCGGACGACGAAGCCAUGUUCUUCGCCCCAACAGUCCUAGCCCUCACCCGCCCCGAGCUCGGCAACCACCUCAAGAUCCUCUGCCUCAGCACCGGCGACGCCGACGGCCUCGGCGAAACGCGCAAACAAGAGCUCCAAAAAGCCGCCAAGCAGCUCGGACUGCGCAGCGACUCAGACGUCUUCAUCGUCGACGAUCCCUCCCGCUUCCCCGACGGCAUGGACAAGGACUGGGACGAGGAUCAGAUCUCGGCAUUGCUGGCUUCGGCGUUCGCGCCGGAAAUGGCGCAGAGGAAAGGUGGCAAGAUUGAUAAGGCGCCUACUGCGACGAUCGAUGUCAUUCUUACUUUCGAUCAAUAUGGUGUCAGUAACCAUCCCAAUCAUCGCUCGCUGUAUCAUGGUGCGGUGAACUUUAUUCGCGCGCUCAUGAAGGAGAAGGCGGGUUUCACUUGUCCUGUUACGCUGUAUACUUUGACUACGACCUCGAUCUUCCGCAAGUAUGCGGGUGUGCUUGAUGCGCCGCUUUCUAUGUUUCUGGGUGUGUGGGGUAAUCUUGUUGGUGGGUUGACGGGGUCGAAGCAGAAGAAUGCGGCGGCCGCUGGGUCUGGUCCUGCGCGCCUGUUAUUUGUUAGCUCGGUAAAUGAUUGGUUGACUGCGCAGUCUGCUAUGGUGAUUUGCCAUAAGAGUCAGAUGGUUUGGUUCCGCUGGGGAUGGAUCACCAUUGGGAGGUAUAUGACUGUUAAUGAUCUCAAACGCGAGAAGGUCUAA